GCAUAUGAUGCUCUGUUCUCUUGUUCCGAUCUUUUUGCUGUCUGCGGUUUUUCAGUUCAUACAGGUGAAUGUGGAAAUGUCCAUGAAAUGUCAGGAAAUGUCCAUCUACAACUUUCAAACUGACAAAACAUUUUCUUUAAGGUACCUGUCUGUCAUGGGGUUUGUCAUCAACAUUGACACCCUAAUGCUGAUGUGUCCUGAGCUGCUGCAGAGUCAGCAAUAUAUCUGCACCUACCGGUUCAGCCAGGAUCAUUUGGAGCUCCUUUUCAACUCCAUCAGGGCAUCAGGGGGCUGGAACAACAAUCCCUCCGCAGGCCAGUUCCAGGGCAUCUUCCGCCGGCUCAUGGUCCGAUGUGGUGUCACACCGAGCACUUCAGGGAAUGUGGCACCACAGGAUGAGACCGUGUCCCUGUCGGCUGUAGAGAUGUCCUCUCCCUCUGAAACGGAAGAGCUUGAGGUGCCCUUCGUGAAUGUCUCUGCGUUGAUUGGGGACCACAGCUACUUGCCAACCCGCUUUGGUGGCCUAGUGGAAAACGCACUGGUCUACAUUGCAGGGUUUGUGGUGCGGCAGGUUUUGAGAAAGCUGUCCUGUGGUGAGUGCCGUGCUAGCCUGGUGACAGAUGCUGCACGCGCAUCUUUCGACGAGAGCUACCACCUGCUGACUCUGAAGAACAAAGGAGGGCUGAUGAUUCCUUCAGAGGGGACAGUGAAGGUGGUCAGGUCAGCAGAGCGGUUCAUUCGCCAGCGUGCAUCAGGGCAAGCUGUCAGUGUGUCUGUGGUCAAGCAGUUUGUCCGGGCUGACAUCUGGACAGAUGAUGUGUUUCUCCUCAAGGAGCACAUUCAGGACACACAAUUUGGCAUUGAAAACCACCACUUUGCACUGUUGUCCUUGGUUGUGUCUGUAUUUCACAAGAUCAGGCUGCACCACAUUGCAAAACUGAGCACGCUGCAAUUACAGACUGGCAACAGUCGAAAAAAGCUCAGCAAGACAAUACUUUUUAAAGGGUUCUAGCCUAGAUUCAAUUAUUAUAUUAUAUCAUAUAUUGUGUGAAAUUAUAUAUUGUGUCAAUUGCACUGCAUAGAUGUGAAAAUGUUAUGAGAAUGAUUGUA